UUUGGAAUUCUUCCAGCAUUGGAUAGAUGAUGGGGAACCGAAUGUCUAUUGGCUAUCUGGAUUUUAUUUCACACAGUCCUUCAUAACUGGCGUACUGCAAAACUAUUCGCGAAAGAAUACGCUCCAAAUCGAUAUGGUUGAAAUCAAAUUUGAAGUAACCGAAUAUGAAAUGGAGGUGCCUAGUAAGCCAAGCUUUGGCGCAUACAUACGGGAACAGCAGUCCAUCAAUGAUGAGACAAAAUUUUUUCAUGGCCUCUUCCUGGAAGGCGCGCGCUAUAAUCGUGAAACACAAGAACUAGAUGAAUCCUACUCAAAGAUAUUAUUCGACAUGUUGCCAGUUAUAUUCUUCCGUCCAACACUAAAAGAGACUGCGCAAGCGGCGAAGGAGGAUUCCAAAGUGCGCGUCAUCUACGAUUGUCCUGUUUACAAGACUAGCGAAAGGCGUGGCGUUCUCUCGACAACCGGUCACUCCACCAAUUUCGUGAUGUAUAUGCAACUCAAUUGCAGUCGCACACAAAUGCAUUGGAUAAAUCGCGGCACGGCAUCACUUUGCCAACUUGAUGAUUGA